AUGUUUGAUCAACGCAAAUUGCACGCCUACCUACUGCUCUCCAUAGUGGCCAGCAAUUGCCUGCUGCUCACCUACGCCUAUCCCCAGCAGCAGGUCUACCAACGCCAGCAGCAGUUGACCCAAUCCCAAGCUCAGUCGCCGGUUUAUCGGGCCGAGAGCAGCGCUCGAAAGUUUGCUGUGAAACCGAAUGCAUCGAAGAAGGUGGCCUUAGAUGACAUCGAGGAUGAUAUUGAGGGCAAUCAGAUACAGGAGAGCGUGGGCGGACCGGGUGGUUUUACCUGGUCCAAUAUGUUGUCCACAGUGAUGACCAUGUUCUUCAACAAUGCAGCCAAUGCACCAACCAAGUCGGAUGAUGUCGACAACUCGAUUGGACUCGGCGGCAGUCCCUGGGCUAAUGUCAUCUCAAUGGGCCUGCGCAUAAUUAACACACUGUUGGGCGGCGGUGCGCCCAGCGAUGGCAUCGAUAAGGUCGACAAUGGUGGCUCUCCCAUGCAGGGCAUCUUGGCGGCUGUGCUGUCGUCCGUGUUGGGCACCAGAGAUCCAGAUCAAGUCAACUCGAUGGCCAAGCAAGCUGGCGAGUUCAUACAGAUCGUGAUGAAUCUGCUGGACGCGUUGAAGACCUCUUUCUCACAUCGCUCGCUCACCGCUCGCUCCCUGGGCAAACGUGACUCGGUGAGCGAUGCAACAGUUGCUGGCAUUGCGCUGCUCAAGGGGUAUGUGCGCACCUAUCGCAACGCGGAGGACAAGUGCAUGAUGCGCUAUAUGUGCGAUGCCAACACGGAUUGUGUGCGUGAAAUUGGCGGCAGCAGCAUCUUCUGCCAGCUGGGAUCGUAUGCCACUAGUUAUAUGCUGGGACGCAGCAGCAAUUCCAGCUUUGAGCAGUUGUACGAUGCCGGUCGCAGGGGGCGUUCCGGAUUUGAUUGUCGCCAGCUGUAUCUGGAGUGCAAUGAGGUCUAA